UCCGAUUGGUUGGCCUCAAAGCAGAAGACGACAACAAUUCUAUUUCUAGGUUAAACUCGGGCUACAUUGAAAGCUAAGCGUUAUACCCACUUUUAAAACUAGUGUGUAGGCCUAUCAGAAACAAAACGUAAGGUUGUGGAUAUAUUCUAAUCGAUCAAUUAUUGUGAUCAUUUUUUUUCGUCCAGUGAAGUAAUUUUUUUUUCUUUUGUGCUCGGAUUAUAAUAACAGUUGUCCACGAAGAUGGCUUUGGGAAGCUGCUAUACCUGUGUCAAGUAUCUUAUGUUCGCCUUCAACUUCAUCUUCUGGUUGUUGGGCUGUGCCAUUCUUGGUGUUGGAAUAUGGCUCAGAGUGGACGAAAAUGCUGCUUCCUAUUUGAAGGACUCCCAUAUAAAUUACUUUCAUACAGCUGCUUAUAUUCUAAUAUCUGUGGGCUUUGUCAUCAUGGUAGUCGGCUUUUUGGGAUGUUGUGGUGCUAUCAGAGAGAGUCAGUGCAUGCUUGCCUCAUUUUUCAUCUGCCUUUUCGUCAUUUUCGCUGUUCUCCUUGGUUGUGGAAUCUGGGCUGCUGUUGCUAAGGAUCAAGUAAAAGAUACCCUUGAAAAAUUUCUGGAGGAUGGUGUUAACCAAUAUUAUAAAGAUGAAAAUAAAAGACGAUACAUGGACUACAUUCAGACUGAUUUCCACUGUUGUGGCUACAAGAAAGGUUUUGCAGAUUACUCUUUGACUGAAACAGUAGUUAAUAAGCCAGUGGAUUCAUGUAGUCCUACUGAUGUCUUGAAGCCAUGCACUACAGCUCUUUACAACUGGGCUGAAAGUAAGCUAAUCAUCAUUGCUGGAGUGGCUAUUGGUAUUGCAGUGGUUUUGAUACUGGGCAUGGUGUUCUCGAUGGUGUUAUGUUGUGCAAUCAGAGACACAGUAGCAUAAACUGGUGGCCCUCUCUCUCUCUCCCUCUCUAGUACAGAUGUGCUCACAGAUAAAAGUAGUAGUACACUGUUUAAACAAAUGUCAAGACUGAAUAGAAUAACUCAUAUCCUAACUUUGUGUCAUCUGUGUAUGUCAUAAACUUUUCUUUUGUACUAUAUAAUUAUUGCAUUGGUUAUUUUUGUAAUGAAUAGUUAGUAAAUAUUAACAUUAGUUAUAAAAAAAAUUUUUUUCCUUUGUCAUAUUUGUAAAGUUUUUUUUGUAUAUUUGAGAAUAAAUUAUUACUUUUUCUGUAUUGUAACAAAUUUUUUUAUGACAGAUUGUUUUUUGUUUUUGUGGUAUGUUUGUGUUUUCUUGUGAGAGGGAAUAGAUUUCAUAUGGUAUCUGAUUCAAUCAAAUAUUAUAUUAUCGGAUAGCUACAUUUAUAGUGCUAUGAUAUUUUUGAAUAUUUCAUUCAUUGUUAGGUGACUAGAUAAACUUUGCAUAAAAAAGAAAAAACUUAAACAAAAUAUUUUUAUAUGGCUCUUUAUUUGAAAAAAAAAAAAAAAGAACUAUAUAAGAGAAAUGUAUAUUUAAAAAAAAAAACAAAAAAAAACUAAUGAUGUGCCUUUGUUUUUAUUAGCAUGGAAGUGUUUUCACAGGACCUUAUCUAGAUAUAUUAUUUUCAUAUGUAAUAUUUUACAACUCAUUGCUUGAAUUGAAUCUUAUGUUAGUAGUUUAGUAGUAGAGUUAUUCUGACCUAUAAACAUGCAUUUGUAUAAAGAUGGCUUCUUUUUCUUAGACCCACACUCCUAGUAAACUGAUUGCAAAUCUGUAAUAAUUUGUUUCUAUUUACAUUCAUAUUCAUUUCAAUAUCUUAAGAGUAGUACUUUCUUGGUAACAAUACUUCAACCGUAUUAGCAUUUUUGUGUUUUAGGCUGUUAAGGUAUUUGGAAAUAACCAAUCAAAAGUUUUCAAUUUUUUUUUUAAUGUAAUGAAUUAAAGUCAAUUUUUUUCCUGUUUUAAAAGACUUUUGAAACUUGUUAGAACUUAUGUUCUUACAUGAUGACCUAUUCUGAGCUGAAAAAGAAUCAAGACAAGGAUUACUAUUUACUCCCUUGUUAUGUUAGUGAAACAGAUUCCUCAAGCCAAUCAUUGCACAAUGAUCUCCACCUAAUCAGUUAGCCAUUCUUACUUCACAUUUUUCUCUUCUUUUAUAUGCGUGUAUAUUUUUUGUACAUAAACAUUUUCUAUUAUAAACAUUUUGUUGCUUUUCUUUGAACUAUUCUUUUUUUUUUUUUUUUGGUCAGUUUAAAUGACAUCUCGGAACAACAGCAUCCAUGUUUCUUUUUACUUUGGCAAUAAAUACUGGUAGCUAAGGAUAAAGUUGCCUUUUACUUGUUUCAUAAAGUAUGCCUGACCAGUGGUCGUCCAAGUCUGUACUUUUCCUUUUCCCAUUUUGUAUUCUUAAUUGUGAGUAAAUAUUUGUGCUGCUUAACCCCACUAGCUGAGCUACUUCAGUCCCAAAUCUAUUGAACAAAAUCUUGGGCCUUGUAUAUUUAAUCUCUAAAUUCUACAAAUAGGCCCAUACUUGUCUUAUCUAGUAGUUGGUAUGUUUCAAUACUCCAGCACAAAGAGCCUACAAUAAAUUGGCAAUAUAUUCAAUUAAUAUUCCACCAGCAGGUCCACACUAUCUGUAUGUAUCAUUAUCUUUAUCAGAACACUCUCCUUUUCCUGGUAUAUUGCAAUUACUAUACCCUAGUAGGGCUACAGUAUCUUAGUAUUUGAUUUUAAGUCUAAUGCAUAUGAACUACCAGGACACUGUGGGUCCUGUAUCAACUAUAUGUUUCAUAAGAAAGUUAUUUUCAUUGCUAGUUUUAGACACUGGUUCUCUCCCUUUAGGACAUUAUUUGCUAAAAUUUAAAAGACCUAUAAAUUUAAUAAAAUUUAAUAAAAAUGCUGAUGUACAUAUAUAAAUUCAUAACUAAUUAAUAUUAGCCUUCUUUUUCAAAAAUCUAUCUAAAAAUCCUUUGUUUGCAUAUUUGAAUGUGUAUUUAAAGGUAUAUUAAAUAUCUAUACAUAUUAUCUUCUGUAUCCAAUUCCUCUAUGUGAUCCAUUUGUGUAUUCUUUUUUAAGCCUAUUUUUUAUCAAGGAUUUUAUUCAAUCCUUCUUAAUAAGUGUUCUGUGUAUUAUUAUAAAACUUGCAGAAAUGACAAAAAAACAAUCUUGGUCCUCCUGAUUUGUAUGUAUCUAGGCCAGGCAUAUGCAACACCAAGUAGUAACUCUAAGGAUGAUGAUAUUUUGUAGACAGUAAAUUCUAUGGCCUUCUUCAGUCCUGAACAAGAAUGAAUCAUUUCAUAGAAAUGAGAUGAAUGCCUGGGCAUUAGCUAUGGUCUGAACGAUGUUGCCCACACAGCCGUUCCCCCUCCCAAUGCAGUUGAUGGAUCAACAAGCUCUGUUACAGUUUGGGGUCAGCUGCAUCACAUGCUUUGCCAGGGUGUAGCACUGAGUGCUGCAUACUGCCCAAGGGUCACUAGCUCCUGAUUUUUCCUCAGGGUUGGCAGUAAAUAUUGAUGUCAUAUUAAAACAAUUUUUAAAAAUCUAUAUCAAAUUAUUAUUCAUAAUCAAUGUGUAUGAUUAGUUUAUAAAAAAAAAAUUAUGAACUUGAAAAUAUUUAAUUUAUCUACUUACAAAAUUAAAAGAGUUAGAAUAAUCAUUUUAAUGUAAAUUUUCUGUCUUUGCUUGUGUUGUCUGGCUUACCAGUUAUAGAACAGCUCAACUAUUGCUAAAAAAAAAUUCGCUACAUACUUUUUUUUUUAAAGUUUGACAUUAAAAUUUUAUUUUUAA